AUGGCUCCCAAGACCAUCAUUGCUCCCUCCAUUCUAUCAGCUGACUUUGCUCAGCUUGGCCAUGACUGUGCCCGUACUAUGGAGCAAGGCGCUGACUGGCUUCAUGUCGAUAUCAUGGAUGGCCACUUUGUUCCCAACAUAACAUUCGGUCCGCCUGUCGUUGCAUCCAUCCGGGGACAUGUCGAUCAACCCACAGAAGCCCAUGGCCGGGGCACCUUUGAUUGUCAUAUGAUGAUUGCAGAGCUUACACCGAGAUGCCAGCCCAAGAAAUGGGUCAAGGAGUUCAAGAAAGCUGGCUGCAAUCUCUACUGUUUCCACUAUGAGGCUGCCUUCUCCAGUGCUGCCGAGCGCCCAGAACAACAGACCGACGAGAAGACCAACCCCAAGGCCCUCAUUCGAUACAUUCACGAUCAGGGACUGUUAGCUGGUAUUGCUAUUAAGCCUGACACUUCUGUCGAUGUGUUGUGGGAGAUUCUGGAGAACAGCGACGAGAAGGAGAGACCUGAUAUGGUCCUCGUCAUGACCGUAUACCCUGGCUUUGGCGGUCAAAAGUUCAUGGCAUCGGAAUUACCCAAGGUCCAGGCCCUCCGAGAAAAGUACCCCGAGCUCAAUAUCGAAGUCGACGGUGGCCUUGGGCCCAAGACAAUCGAUGAGGCUGCCGACGCUGGUGCCAAUGUUAUUGUUGCAGGCAGUGCUGUCUUUGGGGCCAAGGACCCCUCUGAGGUUAUCGCCCAGUUGCGACAGGCUGUUGACGCCCGAAGUGCAAAGUAA